UAGCAACCUAAACAAUAUUUUCCAGGGGGGAGCUAACGUAACGGUGAGAAGAAGUACGCUAACUACUCCAUUUUAACAACAGCAUUCCCCAUCCGUUGUACACCUCGCACACUGGGAUGUGAGGGCCAUGGCAGUAAUUAGUCUUCGUACGUCGGGCUUUCAGAUAGUUUCAGAGAGCGGAUCAUCAUGUCGAGGAGGGAAAAACCAGUCUACAUUUCAAAAAAGGAGAACUGCCCCGGUUCGCUGAGCUGAAAAUGGGAGCGAGUGCUUCAUUAUCGCUCUGUAGUGACUUGUCUUCAGUGAGAAUCGUGAGGCCCAGCGCCAAGAUCAGUCCAGAGCCCUUCAUUCCCACCCUGGUUACGGAGCCUGAAGAGGCACCCAGGUGUGUGUUUGGUGUUGCUUUGGAAACACUGAGAGAGGAAGGGCAGAUGGUCUGCGGAAUACCCCUUGUGUUAAGAGACAUGGUGGAUUACCUGGAUAGGAAUGGAAUGCAGCACAGAGGUCUGUUCCGUCUGUGUGGGUCAGUGGUGCGAACCAGGCAGCUGAGGCAGCGGUGGGACAGUGGUGAGAGGGUUGACAUGGACCAUGAGGCAGAUGUCCCUACUGUAGCAUCUCUACUAAAACUCUUCCUUCGGGAGCUCCCUGUUCCUGUCAUUCCUGAGCCUCAGCGCAAACAGCUGGUUCUGUGCAUAACAGGAUACACAGAUGAGGAGGAGAUGAACCAAAGUCUGAGAGAAAAACUAUCCCAAAUCCCUGAUGACAACCUCAAUAUUUUGUCUUACCUCAUCUGCUUUCUAUCCAGAGUGGCCACUCACAGCCAGUCAAACCACAUGCCUGUGGAAAAUCUGGCAACCAUCUUUGGACCUUGUAUGUUUCACGUUGCAGAAGGACCCAGGAUGCUGGAGGAGCAAAGUGUAUGUAAUGCCCUGUUGCUCCAUCUCCUCAGGCAUGCAAAGGCUCUCCUUCCAGCCCCAGCCGAGGACUCAGUGGGCUUCUCAGUUGCCUCAACCUCACCUCCUCCUCCUGUCCUCUCUGCUCUUUCACACUUUGAGGUCCGACCCAGCAGCUGUUACUCAGACCACAGCAGCGUCCGCAGGUUUGGGGUUGAGAAUUCCUCAGUGUCAUCAACCAGUCCUGCUAACCAAACAGUACGGCUGCAGACUCACCUCAAAAGUACUGACACACCGGUGCAGGGCUGUGAAAACAGCUUUGACGUCAGCACUGACAUUCAGAAGCUGAUUGCAGACCAGGAGGUUCUGGAGGAGAACAGUGAAAGUGUGGAGGCAGGCGGUGUGCUCUCCUGCCCCACUGACCCAGGGCCAGGGCAACAUCCACCGAACAGACCAUCUCAAAGCACACAGGGGGAGCUGCCAGAGAUGGAGUGUACCACCCUGGGAACCUUAUCACAGGUGGAGGUGUCCUCCAUAGCAAAGAGAGAAGACAAGUAUGAAGUAGACAUGGUCAAAGAUGGAAAGGUCCUUUCCUCAUCUCUCAAUGAUGACUGUUUUGCGGCUUCGGCAGACACAGGACACCUGUCAUCUAUUUCAGAGAAUAAAACACAGCGCAAUGCCCAAACACCGAAACAGCCCACAGAGAGCGUCUCUUUCACCUCCAAGACAGAAGACAAAACCACAGUGUCUGAAUGGAAGAGGGGAAAAGGAGGAGGAGGAGGAUGCAAUGGUUCUCCUGACAGGCAUCAUGAUUGCAGAGGGAGAAACACAAGAAAUGACAGCCCCUCUCUAAAGCUGCAAGCCCUGGAGGCUGACUUGGGACCUCCCUUAGCAUCAGGAGACCCCGAACCUCAGGAUAACUUACCUGCUCAGCAACAGCCUCUGUCUAAUGAAUCGCAAAGGCUGAAUUUGACCCACCGCCUGCCAUUAGCACCUCCUCAGGAACAGCAGACAGUCGACUCAUCACCGCCUGCACACACCCCGUCCCCGCAGCUGUCAGAUUCCAGUCCUGUCCAUUCCACUUCCGCUUAUUCAGAGGAACUUUCUGGAGAGGAUACACUACCGAGCCCAUCAGGCCCUCACGCCAGCCCACUCCUUUCCCGUUUUACGAUGACUGACUGUCCAGUUCCCUCGCCACGUUGCCCCAACCUCAGCCACAGCCAACGCUACAAUCUAGACCCCGACACAGCUCCAUCUCCACCCUGCUCACAGCACAUACGCAUGGCUCGCUGCAGCGUCCAUACAGAGCGAGGCGAGGGCACCGUGUCCAUCUCAGCUCUCAACAGGCACAUCCACACGCUGAGGAAGAGGAUCAGGCAUUUUGAGGAGUGUUUUGAACAGGAGAAGCAUUAUAAGCCAGCACACAACGACAAGACAGCACAUCCAGAGGUGGCCAGACUGAUGAAGGAGCUCAUCAGGUGUCGCAAGCAGCUUAAAGAACUGAAGCUAAGGCAGUCAGAAGAACCUAAAGCUGAAACAUGCAGGGGCAAUACAGACCAACAGGAGGCAGUACUGACAGGAACUGAGCUCCAGCAGCUGAACAACAACAGCAACACCAAGCCAAAUGUAGAGGAAACGGUGAACAUUAUAACAAACAGGCUGAAGGAAAGACGGCAAGAGCUGGGCCUGCCCGACAGAAUUAAGGAGAUGUCCCCUUUCCAGAUGAGUAUGGAGAAGACCAGCAUGCAGAAGUGUUUGUUGUACUUUGAGAGUCUUCACGGACGGCCGAGCACCAAGCAGGAGCGAACUUUGAUGAAACCUUUCUACGAUCGCUACCGUCUUCUCAAACAGCUGAUUUCUUCCUCAGCCACAGCAAACAUUACAACCAUUGAGGAAGAGGAGGGCUCUGAUGAAGAGCAUCCCAAACAGAGAAGCCCCAGGCAGCAGCCACUGUGGUUAAAACCCUCCAUGUGUGUGUCCGUAGAGGAGUUGCAGUGUCCGCCCUCCCUAGAAAUGUCUGAAUCGCCUCUGGUAUCUCCGCUGGAAGAGGUGAAGGUUCUCCACCCGCAGAUUAUCGCUAUGGCGACACUACAUGAAGCUUCCAGACCAGAAUUACUCGAUCACCUCAGGCUGACUCGAUCAGAAAAGCGGAGGGUUCACCAAGCGCUUCGAGAGUUUGAGGACCAAUUCUAUGCACAGACUGGCAGGGCAUGUCAGAAGGAGGACCGUGGACCAAUGGCGGAGGAGUACUGCCAGUAUAAGAACCUUAAAGCGAAGCUCCGUCUACUGGAGGCCCUGCUUAGUAAACAACAGGACUCAACCAAGACAAGUUGAGUUACUCACAGUGGGACCUUUUUCUCUAACUUAACAGGACUCGAUCAUUUCUGAAAUAAAUCAGGUCGUGAAGCCGGUGGUUCUGGUCUUGUUUCAUGCCAUGCUCAUUAUGUAGAUGCACUUUACAUGAAGGAAAAAGUGAUGGAAAUUGGUGACAAUCUGAAAUGCGGGGUCACUGCAGUCCCAAGAAGACAUCCCUUAUUAUUCAUGACCCAUCUUAUUAUAAACCUGAUGUAGCAAGCUUAUGUUAUGUAGCACAAAUCUAUGUCAAGAAUGAAGCACUGUAAUAACUUGAUGUUAGUUACACUGGAGUCAUUUUAAGAUUAUGUAUUAUAUGGCACUGUUUGUUAUUCACUUUCCCCCCCCACUUGCCAAAACACUAUUGGACACCUGUGUCCAGGGUUAAUGUGGAAAAUGCAUUUAAAAGUGCUGUGUUGGCAGAAACGUGUAAGCUUAAAUGCAGUCAAUGAGACAAUCCUGCAGUGUUUGUGCAUGUCCGUUUUUUAGUCCUACAUUGUGCUAUGAUAUGUAUUAAGAAUUACAUAGUUGAGCUAUAUUGUAACUUUUGAAUUUGCGUGUUCACCUUGGAAAAAUGUGAAUUUUGGCGAACAUCAUAGUGCAAGUUAUACAGUGUCUGCUGUCGAAUUUGUGUUUACCCCCAUUUUUGCCUAUAUGAAGUUUAUCCCCCCUAAAUGCCGUUGUUGACAAUGAUCAGAGCUUUUAACAUUGUGCACUUCUGGUUUAUAUAGUUUUCUAUAUAUCUAUAUCUAUAUAUAAUAUAUGAAUGUAUCAAUAAAAAUAAAUAUUUUUUCACAUUUAUUCUAAUAAACACAGUUUAAGGUUCUACUUUCUUUCUUUGCACUAACUACAACAAAAUAAGAAUGACUGUUGCAGAAAAGGUUGUUAUGACAGAGGUACUGACAGCUUUCAAACUCAUGCUGCACAGAACUGCAUCAUGCUUUUUUUUUUUUUUUUUAAACAAAUAGUUCACUCUUGGUCAUCAAAGACUCGGUGAAUACACAUUUCAGAGGCUGUUGCAUUAGUACGGUUAAGAUUCCACAGCGAUUUUAUGUCUGCUUUUUAAUACCUUUGGUAUAAAUCAAGAUGACUAUCGAUGCUGCAGCCCUAGAAAAUUGUAGUACCAGUCCAUGCCACUAGGAGGAGGUAAAAACAAUUUGUCAACUGUUCAAUGACAAUCAAACAUCGUAAAAAAUGACAAUAAAAUAAGACAAUGUAAUCAGAAAAAAAAAUCGUUGUCCACACACACAGUGGGCAGUUAACAGUAUAUCUAUAAGAGCAAGGCAUAGGCCGAUAAAGUAUGGGACAACUGAUUAGAGAAACAACAGGAAAUUGAAAUGAAGCAGCCCAUGUUUGUUAGUACAGUUAAAGGGUUUUGUAAGUGUGACUUGCCGGAUGGGUAGAUGGAUCUGUGUCGUCGGUGUCCCAGGUUUACAUAUUUCAGUCUGCUGACUCCUAAGAUAUCUUUAUGUGUUUCUGUUUUCAACAUUAGGAUAACGCACCCUCAGAUGAGUAGACAAUGGUGCAGGUGUCAGAGUGGUGUACCUUCGUCUUUUUCUCCACUCUUCUUUGGGAAUGAUGGUCUUUUGAGAGUACAGAGCAGUGUCAGAGAUAUGUUUGUGUUAGCCUACUAAAUCUGCUUCAUGCAUGUGUUGGUCUGCUUCAUCAGUACAUGUGGACUUCCUUUGUGUGAGUAGAGGUCAGUUACUUCCCCCCCU